AUUUGCCUUAUUUGUAUUAUUUUAGGAAUUACAUGCGGUCAUUUCCUAGUUCCUUUCUGGUCAUUCUUUGGAGCGACUCUAGUGGGGAAAGCAGCUAUCAAAAUGCAUGUUCAGAUGCUGUUUGUCAUCAUCGCGUUCAGCGAACACCAUGUGGAAAAUCUGAUUCAUCAAAUGGGAAAAAUUCCAUAUGUGGGUGAUGUGAUUCGGCAGCCUAUUAGGGAAAUGUUAGUGAAGCAGAAAUUGUCACUUCACAGGACUCCAGGAACACAUGUCGAACAGGUUCGGCGUUUUGAACAAACCUUUAUCUAUUUUGGUAUUUCUACUUGCUUGUACGAUUUUAUUGCGUCAUAA